ACGAGUUCGCUCUAGGAGUAAUCAGUUUCGGACUCGUAGUGGAACCAAGCGCUUGGGUCCCCGAUGCUGCACAAAUCACGGCGACCCCCGGUGGAGAUGAAGGCGGACUCCGAUUGGCUCUGAUUUUUAAAAGCCCUUUUCAUUCAGGAGGUUACCCAUUAUCAACAUGGCUGAGCCUUCGGCCCCAGUACCCUCUGCAAAAAUGGCGUCACUUAGCCGGGUUCGAGCUCUGACGAUGAUUUUCUUAACUGUCAGCGGUUGUUUGGUCACCUCGACAAGUGGCAAGGAAGGCGGGGUAGAGUCGGACACGGUUAUCAUCGGGCUCCGGUUGGAGGACACGGACGACAUUUCCUUUAUGGAUAGGGGCUAUCUACGGGUGAGUGAACGGUCUCGUGUCAAAUUGAGGGUCUACGGGCAAAACAUAAACAACGAGACCUGGUCCAAAAUUGCAUUUACGGAACACGAGCAGAUCCGACCAGUCGGGGACAUCGACAGUUUAUCGGGGGACAACGGGAGCAAAGAGGAUACAUCCGCGCAUCCCUGCGGUAUUAGGACCUCGGAUAUAAUCAUCUUGCCCAACAUCAUUCUAUGUCGCAGGACGUCGGGAGUAGUUGAAAUCGAGGUCAAACCCCUUCGAAAAACCGAGAGGAGUAAAUCGUAUUACCUGUGCAUCGCCACCUCGACACCUGCCCAUCACGCCGCCGGCCUGCACGACCCAUGGACCGAAAACACCUGGAUUUACCACGACGGAGAUGACACGAAAGUGAUAGUUGUGGAGGAGAAGAGGUUUCUGCUCCCCUUCUGGCUUCAAGUCAUCUUUAUUUCCAUGUUGCUGUGUCUGUCAGGCAUGUUCAGCGGGUUGAACUUGGGACUGAUGGCACUGGACCCAAUGGAGCUCCAAAUAGUUCAGAAUUGUGGCACAGAGAUGGAGAAGAAUUAUGCCAAAAAGAUAGAGCCAGUUAGGAGCCAAGGGAAUUACCUGCUUUGCUCACUUCUCCUAGGCAACGUGCUCGUCAAUACAACUCUAACUAUCUUAUUUGAUGAUAUUGCAGGUUCUGGGCUGAUAGCUGUGGUGAUGUCAACUAUUGGAAUUGUCAUCUUUGGAGAGAUUGUCCCUCAAGCCAUAUGCUCAAGACAUGGCCUUGCCGUUGGAGCCAACACCAUAUUCCUCACCAAGUUUUUCAUGCUGCUCACCUUCCCUGCUUCAUACCCAGUGAGCAAACUUCUAGAUUACCUUUUGGGCCAAGAGAUAGGCACUGUGUACAACCGCGAGAAGCUUUUGGAGAUGCUCAGAGUCACGGAUCCUUACAAUGAUCUGGUCAAAGAGGAGUUGAACAUCAUUCAGGGCGCCUUGGAACUACGGACUAAGACUGUGGAGGACGUGAUGACCCCGCUAAGAGAUUGUUUUAUGAUUCCAGGUGAUGCUAUCCUCGACUUCAACACCAUGUCUGAAAUUAUGGAGAGCGGCUACACGCGCAUCCCCGUGUUCGAGGGCGAGAGGUCCAACAUUGUGGAUCUAUUGUUCGUGAAGGACCUGGCGUUUGUCGACCCAGAUGAUUCUACGCCGCUGAAAACCAUCACUAAGUUUUACAGCCAUCAGCUGCAUUUUGUGUUCAAUGACACCAGGCUGGAUGCCAUGCUGGAGGAGUUCAAGAAAGGUAAAUCCCACCUGGCCAUAGUUCAAAGGGUGAACAACGAGGGUGAGGGGGACCCCUUCUACGAGGUCCUGGGCAUCGUCACCCUGGAGGACAUAAUCGAGGAAAUCAUCAAGUCAGAGAUCCUGGACGAGACAGACUUGUACACUGACAACAAAACGAAGAAGAAAAUCACCCAUCGUGAGCGGAAGCAGGAUUUCUCAGCCUUCAAGCCCAACGACAGUGAAAUGAAGGUUAAAAUAUCACCUCAGCUUCUGCUGGCAACCCUGCGUUACCUAGCAACAGAGGUGGAGUCGUUCGGGCCGGUGCAGAUGUCAGAGAAGAUCCUGCUGCGUCUGCUAAAACACCCCAACGUGAUCCAGGAGCUGAAGUACGACGAGAAGAACAAGAGAGCACCGGAGCACUACCUCUUCCACAGGAACAAGCCUGUGGACUACUUCAUACUCAUCCUGCAGGGGAAGGUGGAGGUGGAGGCAGGGAAGGAAGGGAUGAAGUUUGAAGCAGGAGCGUUCUCCUCCUAUGGGAUGAUGGCUCUCACCACCUCUCCAGACCCUCUUUCAAUGUGCUUGGAUGGCACGUUGGUUGUUUUUCAGGACACGGUGUACGACGAGAACAAGUCCCCCCCGCGGCCGUUUGGCCUGAACCACUCAGACUCCCUGAACCGGAGUGACCGCAUCGAUGCCAUCACACCCACGCUGGGGAGCAGUAACAACCAGCUGAACGCAUUCCUACAGAUAUACAUGCCAGACUACUCUGUCAGGGCUGUGUCUGACCUGCAGUACAUCAAGGUGACCCGUCAGCAGUACCAGAACGCCCUGAUGGCGUCGCGCAUGGAUAAGACGCCCCAGUCGAUGGACAGCGAGUUCACCAAGAUCGAAUUGACUCUGACCACUGAGCUCCACGAUGGUGGAGGGGGAGGCGUCCUGGAGACGCCAGCUAUGGCCCACCACGAGACAGCCAGCCUGCUCAACCUCAACACACAGCCCCAGAACUGUCUGGCCCACAGGGUCAACCACACUGCGCACAAUGAGGGACCCAUCUAGCCCACACUGGGGUGGUGGGGACAGAGGGAGAGGAGGGAGGAGGGGUCUGGGGAGAGGGUGAGAGGAGUGAGGAGGGAUGGUGUUAGUACCCUCUGGGCCAGGGCCUGGGCCUAAUCCUCCAACAUCCAAGGACCUCUAACCCCUACCCAUCACCCCCUUAUGGCUGGAAGACCCUGGAGGAAUUGAGGGGAAGGACCUCUAACCCCUACCCAUCACCCCCUUAUGGCUGGAAGACCCUGGAGGAAUUGAGGGGAAGGACCUCUAACUCCUACCCACCACCCCCUUAUGGCUGGAAGACCCUGGAGGAUUUGAGGGGAAGGACCUCUAACCCCUAACCACCACCCCCUUAUGGCUGGAAGACCCUGGAGGAAUUGAGGGGAAGGACCUCUAACCCCUAACCACCACCCCCUUAUGGCUGGAAGACCCUGGAGGAAUUGAGGGGAAGGACCUCUAACCCCUACCCACCACCCCCUUAUGGAUUGAAGACCCUGGAGGAUUUGAGGGGAGGGACCUCUAACCCUUACCCACCACCCCCUUAUGGAUUGAAGACCCUGGAGGAUUUGAGGGGAGGGACCUCUAACCCUUACCCACCACCCCCUUAUGGAUGGAAGACCCUGGAGGAUUUGAUGGGAGGGACCUCUAACCCUUACCCACCACCCACUUGUGGAUUGAAGACCCUGGAGGAAUUGAGGGGAAGGGGGCUACGGAGAUGUGUAUACUGAGCCCCAGCCUGAACCUCUACUCUCUACCCUCCACCACCCCUGGCCGAUUCCACAGCCUGGAACAGAAUACCCUUUGGGGUAGUGGGGAAGGGGGCUAAAGGGAUAGCACUCUGGGCCCUCACCCACAUCACACACCUCUAGAAGACCCUGUUAGGGUGGGCUUAGACCGUCCUCAGCCAAUCCAUCCGCUUAAAUACACAGGAACCUGGUAUUCCAGUAGCUCGGAAAGAUGGUCAACAGUGCGCAUGCCCCCCCCCCCCCAUUCCCCUGACCACACACAAACACUUACACAAAAGUAUACACACUUUCCAGUCUGUUCUUGUUCAGGGAUUGGCAGUGGACUGUAGUAUUACUAGUACUACUACAACGAAGGACUUAAACGCACGCAGACAAAUAUGGUUAGUCAAAGACUGUACCAAAUACCGCUUUGAAGGAAACCAUGGAACCAUGAACCAAGAAUGUUUUUGUGCAUUUAUUUAUUAUAUAUAUACAGUGGGGAGAACAAGUAUUUGAUACACUGCCGAUUUUGCAGGUUUUCCCACUUACAAAGCAUGUAGAGGUCUGUAAUUUUUAUCAUAGGUACACUUCAACUGUGAGAGACAGAAUCUAAAACAAAAAUCCUGAAAAUCACAUUGUAUGAUUUUUAAGUAAUUAAUUUGCAUUUUAUUGCAUGACAUAAGUAUUUGAUACAUCAGAAAAGCAGAACUUAAUAUUUGGUACAGAAACCUUUGUUUGCAAUUACAGAGAUCAUACGUUUCCUGUAGUUCUUGACCAGGUUUGCACACACUUCAGCAGGGAUUUUGGCCCACUCCUCCAUACAGACCUUCUCCAGAUCCUUCAGGUUUCGGGGCUGUCGCUGGGCAAAACGGACUUUCAGCUCCCUCCAAAGAUUUUCUAUUGAGUUCAGGUCUGGAGACUGGCUAGGCCACUCCAGGACCUUGAGAUGCUUCUUACGGAGCCACUCCUUAGUUGCCCUGGCUGUGUGUUUCGGUUCGUUGUCAUGCUGAUAGACCCAGCCAUGACCCAUCCUCAAUGCUCUUACUGAGGAAAGGAGGUUGUUGGCCAAGAUCUCGCGAUACAUGGCCCCAUCCAUCCUUCCCUCAAUGCGGUGCAGUCAUCCUGUCCCCUUUGCAGAAAAGCAUCCCCAAAGAAUGAUGUUUCCACCUCCAUGCUUCACGGUUGGGAUGGUGUUCUUGGGGUUGUACCCAUCCUUCUUCUUCCUCCAAACACGGCGAGUGGAGUUUAGACCAAAAAGCUCUAUUUUGUCUCAUCACAUGACCUUCUCCCAUUCCUCCUCUGGAUCAUCCAGAUGGUCGUUGGCAAACUUCAGACGGGCCUGGACAUUCGCUGGCUUGAGCAGGGGGACCUUGCGUGCGCUGCAGGAUUUUAAUCCAUGACGGCGUAGUGUGUUACUAAUGGUUUUCUUUGAGACUGUGGUCCCAGCUCUCUUCAGGUCAUUGACCAGGUCCUACCGUGUUGUUCUGGGCUGAUCCCCCACCUUCCUCAUGAUCAUUGAUGCCCCACGAGGUGAGAUCUUGCAUGGAGCCCCAGACCGAGGGUGUUUGACCGUCAACUUGAACUUCUUCCAUUUUCUAAUAAUUGCGCCAACAGUUGUUGCCUUCUCACCAAGCUGCUUGCCUAUUGUCCUGUAACCCAUCCCAGCCUUGUGCAGGUCUACAAUUUUAUCCCUGAUGUCCUUACACAGCUCUCUGGUCUUGGCCAUUGUGGAGAGGUUGGAGUCUGUUUGAUUGAGUGUGUGGACAGGUGUCUUUUAUACAGGUAGCGAGUUCAAACAGGUGCAGUUAAUACAGGUAAUGAGUGGAGAACAGGAGGGCUUCUUAAAGAAAGACUAACAGGUCUGUUGAGAGCCGGAAUUCUUACUGGUUGGUAGGUUAUCAAAUACUUAUGUCAUGCAAUAAAAUGCUAAUUAAUUACUUAAAAAUCAUACAAUGUGAGUUUCUUGAUUUUUGUUUUAGAUUCCGUCUCUCAGAGUUGAAGUGUACCUAUGAUAAAAAUUACAGACCUCUACAUGCUUUGUAAGUAGGACAACCUGCAAAAUCGGCAGUGUAUCAAAUAAUUGUUAUCCCCACUGUAUAUAUGUGUAUAUAUGUAUGUGUGGAGAAGAUAUGAUAUAUACCAUUGCACAAACAUGCAUGGGCAUGUAGAUGUUUGUGUGUGUAUAUAUGUGAUAUUGAAAUACAUGCUAUAUAUAUAUAUAUAUAUAUAUAUAUAUACUCAUACAGUACCAGUCAAAAGUUUGGACACACUUAUUCAUUCAAGGGUUUAUCAUUAUUUUUUACUAUUGUAUCAAAUAUAUUUUGAUUUGUUUAACACUUUUUUGGUUACUACAUGAUUCCAUAUGUGUUAUUUCAUAGUUUUGAUGUCUUCAUCAUUAUUCUACAAUGUAGAAAAUAGUAAAAAAUAAAGAAAAACCUUUGAAUGAGUAGCUGUCCCAACUUUUGACUGCUACUGUACAUCCAUGUAUGAGUUGGUGAGGGUCUUUUAAAGAUGUGUAUAUUACAGAUCUUGUUAUUUUUACUAUUCUUCUCAAUCAGGCUAAUGGUACCGUAUCUUUUCACCUUCUUAAAAUCACACUAUUGCCUUUUUAAAAAAUCAUCUUCAUUAUUUUUUAACAAAGUGCAAUGUGAAAAAAACAGUAUAUUUAAGAGAUUAUUAUGAAUAAAAAAUGGACUUUAUUGUAAACUGAGACAGAUAUAUUUGUAUGUUUGUAUGCACCGUAUGUAUGUGUAUAUUUUGGUUCAAAGAUGCUGAGUUGCAACCGUCCACAAGCAAAACCCGUCCGUCCCAAAGCCAGUUUAUUUUCCUAUUAUGGCCGAUGUACGAUCAGAAGCCCUUUGACCUCAUUAUAUUGCUGUUUGAUAUGGAGGUUAUCCAGACUUUAGUUAACAGACUUAAAACAGACGUAAUAAUAGAAUCCAGACAAGUCUUACGACUGUGGAUGUAUUGACAUUGAAAAGUGCUAACUUGGCACUUAUGAACACAUGUGUCUUUUAUUAUUCAUAAUCAAACGUGAUCAUUGGCCAGUAUUAAUGACCUCAUCUAACAUGUUGAGCAUCAUGAACUUCACAAAAGCAACCUCGACAUUAAACUAUUGUCCAUGAAUGAC